GACCGAGACUGGGUAGAAACAGCGAGUAUCUGUUAGAAGAAGAAUAGAAUUCGAAGAUAAGAGUUUCAUUCACUUGAGAACAUUCAAGCUUCGAGGGCACUUAUUGCUAUUGAUACAGAAAUUAGUGGUAUUCAAAUUACCCAGAGAUCAAACUUCGAGUGUCUAAAGUACCAAUUCCGGUGAUUACCUACAUAAGUCAGCAUAAGUUAAAUUUCUGGCGUCACUCCACUGCAAGCACAACAACAAACAAGCAAACAUACAUACAUACAUACACACACACACACAUUACAUACAUACAUACCCCCCCCAUAAUAGCAAAUUUCAUUCCGACACAGCACGGCAGACUUCGCUGUAUACACUCAUAAGACGAAAUCCAAACGAUCACUAUGUCGAACGAAGAAGAUAAAACGGCGACCAGUCUAUCGCAUAUUUCCAUCAACAAGGAAGACGUCGCAGGACACGAUGCGCAAGAAUCGACCCCUCCACGCAGUAGCAGUGGCUGGGAUGGAAAAUUACGUGUAGAGAAAGAAAAUGGCAAGAAGUUAGAGCUUGCUAACCCGGAAGCUAUAUCUGAUCCUGAAUAUUCAGAUGAGGAGAAUGUGAUGCCGGGAGAAGUUAUUAAUGCAGAUGAAGAUCUCCUUGACGACUAUCCCCUCGAUACCGAAGAAAUCGACCUCGUACACGCACGCAUUUCCUCCAUCCCUUCGCUUCGUCUUUCACGCUUCACCCAAGUCCAACGUCUUUGUCUUCGUCAAAACACGAUCAGUGCAAUCGAAGAUCUCUCUUGUCUCGCAUCUACCCUCACCGACCUCGAUUUAUACGAUAACCUAAUCGCGCAUAUCCGGGGGCUCGAAGAUCUCAUCAACCUCACUUCCCUCGACCUCUCCUUUAACAAAUUAAAACACAUCAAGAAACUAAACCACCUCACUUCCCUCACCGACCUCUAUUUUGUGCAGAACAAAAUAACCACCAUUGAGAACCUCGAAGGUCUCUCCAAGCUACGCAACUUAGAACUUGCCGCAAACCGAAUUCGGGAAAUUCAAGGUUUAGACACUUUAACAGGAUUAGAGGAACUAUGGUUGGGCAAGAACAAAAUCACCGAGAUGAAGAACCUAGACGCAUUGCAAAAUUUGAAGAUUUUGAGUAUACAAAGUAAUCGCAUUCGAGAUAUCACGGGUUUGGACAAACUUUCCGGCCUGGAAGAAUUAUAUAUCUCGCACAAUGCCUUGAGUUCACUCUCGGGUCUGGAAUCUUGUUCUCAGCUGCGCGUGCUGGAUAUUUCUAAUAAUGAAGUAUCAUCUUUGAAGGGGUUGGAGGGGCUAAAGGAGUUGGAAGAGGUCUGGGCUAGUUAUAAUAAAAUCGCAGACUUCAACGAUGUGGAGGAACAUUUGAAGGACAAGGAAAAGUUGAAUACGGUCUAUUUUGAGGGGAAUCCUUUGCAGUUGAAAGGGCCAGCCUUAUAUCGAAAUAAGGUUCGCUUGGCGUUACCACAGGUUAUGCAGAUUGACGCUACUUUUGUUAGGGUGUCAUAGAAUAUGCGUUAUACAGGCAGGAGGUUGGCAUGUAUAAAUGAAAGAUGGUCAGAAGGUUAUAUGUGCAUAUACACGGCAUAAAGAUGUUAUAGCAUGGCGAAGGAGUUCUUGGUGGGAAUUAAUGGGUAUUCA